AACAGUUUACGUACUACCAUUUCAAAAAAGAAAAAAAGUGUGAGCUUAACACUUGCUAUUAGCAUGGCUGAUGUAAAGCAAAUUUUGGGUGAUCUAAACAAGGAUUCAUUCGUAACUCUUUUGAAGAAACUGAUCGGCGAAGCAAAAUAUGUUCAGAACAACCCACCGGAUCUUAUCCCGGAGGAAGACAGGAUUGUGAACCAUGUUCUUGAAAUCCUUAAUCCAUAUAGCACCAAAAAUGGCGGAGCAUUGAUCAUCAAUCAUGUUUCUUAUACUCCUAAUAGGGGUAACCUUAUUGUGGAGUAUCCUGGUACGGACCCAAAAAAAGUUGUGUCUUUUGUUGGAAUGCAUAUGGAUGUUGUGCCUGCAAAUCCUGAUCAAUGGGAGUUUGAUCCGUUUUCAUUGAGUGUGGAUGGUGAUAAACUUAGGGGACGUGGAACUACGGAUUGUUUAGGUCAUGUGGCGCUUGUUACUGAGCUUAUGAAGAAAUUAGCAGAGACGAAGCCAAAAUUAAAAUCAUCGGUGAUUGCUAUUUUCAUAGCGAGUGAAGAGAAUGCAUCUAUCCAGGGGAUUGGUGUGGAUGCAUUAGAUAAGGAUGGUUGGUUUGAUAAAUUAAAGGAAGGUCCUCUAUUUUGGAUUGACACAGCUGAUAAACAACCAUGUAUUGGUACUGGUGGUGUUAUACCAUGGGAACUUGUGGUAACUGGAAAGGGUUUCCACAGUGGUUUGCCCAACAAGGCUAUCAAUGCUUUGGAACUUGGUAUGGAAGCACUCAAAGAAAUUCAAACCCGCUUCUAUAGAGAUUUCCCUCCCCAUCCAAAAGAAGUGAUCUACAAAUUUGAAGCACCAUCCACCAUGAAACCAACUCAAUGGUUUUAUCCUGGGGGUGGAAACAAUCAAAUUCCUGGUGAGUGCACUAUUGCUGGAGAUGUUAGGUUGACUCCAUUUUACAAUGUAUCCGAUGUUAUAAAGAAACUACAAGAAUAUGUUGAUGACUUGAAUGCUAAUAUCGAAAAACUUGAUACUCGAGGGCCUGUUUCAAAAUAUGUUCUCCCUGAUGAAAACAUAAGGGGAAGUAUGAGUAUAAGUUUCGAGGAACCUUAUUCUGGCGUUGCUUGCGAUCUCGAUUCGUUAGGGUAUAAAGUAUUAGCCAAAGCUACUGAAGAGGUUGUUGGAUAUGUAGAACCAUAUUCUAUAACUGGUAGUUUGCCAUUGAUAAGAGAUCUUCAGGAUAGGGGUUAUGAUGUUCAAACUACUGGUUACGGAAUUAUGGAUACAUACCAUGCAGACAAUGAAUAUUGUCUACUGGUUGACAUGUCUCAAGGUUAUCAGGUCUUUGCAAGCAUCAUUGCACAGUUGGAAGAUUUAUAUAUAUGAGGUUCAAACGUUCAGCAUCCAUCUCAAUGUUCGUAUGAUCUCUGGCCAGCUUAAUAGCAUGGUGAGUCUUCAUCUUUCGAGGACAACCUAUAUCUUUUUAUUUCAGUUGUUUAUGUCUACAGUUUGAUAUCUAGAGUUAGCUGAGGGCUUGUCCUAGCAACUCAUCUUAAUAAAGGUUUGUAUCAUCUAAAGUUAGCUGAGGGUUUGUCCCAACAGCUCAUUUUAAUAAAGGUUUUCAUACAUCUAGAGUUAGCUGAGGGCUUGUCCCAGCAACUCAUCUUAAUAAAGGUUUUCAAGACAUCUAGAGUUAGCUGAGGGCUUGUCCUAGCAACUCAUUUUAAUAAAGCCUUUCAGACAGACAGUCAUGCAUUAUUA